AUGAGUUCUCAACAAACAGAUAAUAACCCAAUACCGACAACCACUACAAAUAAUAAUACUAAUAAUGAUAAUGAUAUAGCAUCCACCAAUAACAAUACCAAUAAUGAUGAUGAUUCAACCACCACAAAUACAUCAACAAACAAACCAAGAAAAAGGUUUGUUAUUCCUUCAGCAAGUCAGGCAUUAAAAAAAAGUGAUCUUUCCAUGGUAGAAAUAAAUUCAAAAUUAAAACAAGCUGAAGAAAAUGCAAAACAGGCUGAAGAUUUACAAAAAUCAAAUGCUAUCAUUUUAACACCAAAAUCAACGACAACAAUGACAACGACAACAACACCUGUACAACAAAGAAUGCCAAUACCAUCAAUUCUAGCAAAAAGAAAUGUAAAUACAACAACAACAACAUCAACAUCACCACUAUCAACGUCACCUCCAAUAUCAUCACCAUUACAAACACCAUACUAUUCACCAUCAUUUGUAAAGAAUCCAACAUCACCAGCACCAAUUAAUAAACCAAUUGGACCUUCAUUACCAAUGAGACCAUCAUUACCAAAGAAACCAGCAGCCUAUUCAACUACAUUAUCAACAUAUUCAUCAUCAUCAUCAUCAUAUUCAUCAUCAACAACUACACAAAAUUAUCAACAUAUUGAUAAAAUUUAUGCAAAUUCAAAACAAAGGGGUAGUUUAAUGAUGAAUUCAUUCUCAAAGAAUAUAAUAAUUGAAUAUAGUGAAUUGCAAUACCCAGAUUUCAUAUUGAAUUCAAAUACAUUGGUAUUCUAUUUACCAUCAUUAAAAACCCAUCGUGAUAAUCCAAAUUUAAUUCAAGAUCGUAUUAAAGGUUUAUCAACACUAAUGACCAAUAGUGACUCAUUCACUUUACGUAUACUAUUGGUAUUUGCUGAUUUAAGUGAUUCUGAUAAUUGUGAACAAUUUAUAAAUGAAUUAAAUUUAAUUGCAAUUAAAUUACAAUUUACAUUGAUUGUAUGUUGGAGUCAAAUUGAGGCUGCUAAAUAUUUAGAAGCUUAUAAAACAUUUAAUAAUCGUGCACCUGACCCAAUUAAAGCUCGUGCUCAACCCAUUGAAUUAGGUGGUAAAUCAAAGAAUGAGCAAGUCCUAACUUCAAUUAAAUCUGUAAAUAAAACUGAUGCUACAACACUUUUGAAAAAUUUUCAAACAAUGCAACAAAUUUUCACUUGUCAAAAAACUACACUUUCAAAAUUACCUGGUUUUGGUCCUGUAAAAGUUCAAAAGUUUUAUAAUACAAUUAAUCAACCUUUUAAAACUAAACCUUCAACAAAAACAACAACAACAACAACAACAACAACUACCACUACCACCUCGGCAAAUAUAUCCUCAAAUAAUAAUAAUAAUAAUAUUAAUACUAAUGAUGGUAAUAAUAAUAAUAAUACAAUUAAUAAUAUUAAUUUUAAUAAUGAUGAGAAUGAAGUGGAUCAAGAUCCUCUCAAUUUUUCAUUUGACUUUGGUGGUAAUGGUAAUGGUGAUGGUGAUAGUGAUGGUGAUGGUGAAAGUGAAAAUCAAAUAAAUACUUAA